CGCGUGAUCUCCGGGAAUCAGCUCUACAUGUUGGACCAGGAGGAGGUACAUCCUUUGCUGAUGCGCGAGAGGCGCUCAGAGUCUCACAGGAACAAGCUACUGCGGCGGACAGUCAGCGUUCCUGUUGAGGGAAGGCACCAUCCCGAGAUGGAUCAUCGCGCCCGGCGGAAGAGCAUAGCCACCGGGAAGCAGCCAAGCAUGGAGGUCCCUCCCACUGCCCCCCCUCAACCCUUCCGACAAUCCGUGAGUAACCCCAACUGUUCCCGGCCUCGCUCGCUGCCCCCGUCCUUCUCGCUCUCCCUGUCCCUCCCCCCACCUGGGCCGCCGCAUACCUGCGGCCGGCGGGUCAGCGGCACCCCGCCUCACCCCUUCCCUCUCCCCCUGGCUGUCUCCCCGUCCCCCACCGUUCCCCAGCAACAUCAGAAGGGUUCCAAGAAGGGGCCGACCACGCCCCCCUUGCCCCGUUCGCUGCCUAUCUCCCCCUCCCUGUCCUUCACCCUGCCCCACUCACCCGCUGCCUCCUCCUCCUCCCCCCCUUUCUCAUACUGGGGCGGAGACUGGAAGGCUGCCGGUUCGAGUCCAGUGGCGGGAGGAACGUAUGUUGCACCGCUGCCCCCCAUCGAGAGUUUCCUCAGUAGAAGGUUGAAGGGCUCUAUCAAGAGGGCUAAGAGUCAGCCCAAACUGGACCGAACCAGCAGCUUCCGACACAUGAUCCUCCCCCGCUUCCGCAGUGCCGACCAAGACAGGACCCGUUUGAUGCAGAGCUUCAAAGAGUCUCAUUCUCAUGAGUCCUUGCUGUCUCCCAGCAGCGCUGCCGAGGCGCUGGACCUCACUCUGGACGAGGAUGCCAUCAUCAAACCUGUCCACUCGAGCAUCCUGGGACAGGAGUACUGCUUUGAGGUGACUACAGCAUCGGGAACCAAGUGCUUUGCGUGUCGCUCGGCUGCAGAGAGAGACAAAUGGAUCGAGAACCUGCAGAGAGCUGUCAAGCCCAACAAGGACAACAGCCGGAGGGUCGACAAUGUGCUCAAACUGUGGAUCAUCGAAGCCCGCGAACUUCCAGCCAAGAAGCGCUACUACUGCGAACUUUGUCUGGACGACAUGCUGUAUGCACGCACCACCAGCAAGCCCCGCACCGACACCGUGUUCUGGGGCGAGCACUUCGAAUUCAACAACCUGCCAGCUGUCCGCAACCUACGCCUUCAUUUAUACAAGGAGACGGAUAAGAAGAGACGCAAGGAAAAGAGUACGUACCUAGGAUUGGUAAGCAUCCCCAUCUCAAGCAUCACCGGGCGGCAGUUCGUCGAGCAGUGGUACCCCGUCAUUCAACCCAGCGUCCUCACCAAGGGAGCUGGAGUCGGAGGGGGGAAGAUCAUCAACGCAUCCCUACGCCUCAAAUCCCGCUACCAAACCAUGAGCAUCCUGCCCAUGGAGCUGUACAAGGAGUUUGCAGAGUACGUCACCAAUAACUAUCGCACCCUGUGUGCCGUGCUGGAGCCUGUACUAAGUGUCAAGAGCAAAGAGGAGGUGGCCUGUGCGCUGGUGCAUAUAUUGCAGAGCACAGGGAAAGCUAAGGAUUUCCUGUCAGACAUGGCGAUGUGUGAGGUAGACAGAUUCAUCGACCGAGAACACCUUAUCUUCAGAGAGAACACUCUGGCCACCAAAGCCAUAGAAGAGUACCUCAAACUGAUUGGACACAAGUACCUCAAGGAUGCUAUAGGGGAGUUCAUAAGGGCCUUGUAUGAGUCAGAGGAAAACUGCGAGGUGGAUCCCAUGAGGACACCACCUUCUGUGCUCCCAGACCACCAAGCCAAUCUCCGCAUGUGCUGUGAAUUGGCACUCUGCAAGAUCGUCAACUCCCAUUGUGUGUUCCCCCGAGAGCUUAAGGAAGUCUUCGCCUCCUGGAGAGUGCGCUGUGCCGAGAGAGGGCGGGAAGACAUCGCCGACCGCCUCAUCAGUGGUUCCCUCUUCUUGCGCUUCCUUUGUCCUGCCGUCAUGUCCCCGUCACUCUUCAACCUCACCCAGGAGUAUCCCGACGAGCAGACAUCACGCACCCUCACCCUCAUCGCUAAAGUAGUGCAGAACCUGGCUAACUUCUCCAAGUUUGGCAGUAAAGAGGAGUACAUGUGCUUCAUGAAUGAGUUUUUGGAGAUGGAGUGGGGCUCCAUGCAGCAGUUCCUGUAUGAGAUCUCCAACCUGGACAGUGUCAGCAAUGCAGGCGGCUUUGAGGGAUACAUCGACCUCGGCAGGGAGCUGUCUAUCCUGCACAGUCUCCUCUGGGAGGUCAUGGCUCAGCUCAGCAAGGACGCCAUCAUCAAACUGGGUCCUUUGCCUCGCCUCCUGAACGACAUCAGCAUGGCCUUGCGUAACCCCCACCUCCAAAGGCAGCCCAGCCACCAGGCAGACAGGGUCCAGGAGAGACAGACAGACAGGCUGCUGUCACGGCCCAGCUUCAGCAGAGGCGUCUCCUCCGAGUUCCAAAACCUCAUGAUGAGGGAUCUCAAUAGCUCUAUAGAUAUCACUCGCUUGCCUUCCCCAACCUCUGGAGUCUCCAGUGGAGGGGUCAUGCCAUCCCGCUCCCAGAUGAGUUUCCAGGACCGUGACCAUCCCCAUCGAGCCUCCUCCAAAGAUGUUUUUUACGUAACACGCCCUCCUUUGGCCCGAUCUAGCCCAGCCUACUGCACAAGCAGCUCGGACAUCACUGAACCAGACCCCAAGGUGCUCAGUGUCAAUAAAAGCGUAUCUAUGAUGGACCUCCAGGAUUCCCGAAUGAACAGCGUGUCUAACCUGCAGUCGGUGGACAUGCUCAACUCCUCCCAGGCCUCCAUCGCCGGCAUGGGCAGUUUCGGAGGGCUGAGCAGCGGAGGUGGUGGCGGCCUGGGGUCAGGCCUGAGCAGCCAGCUGCGGGCCGGCGGGCGGUUGUCAGCUGGCUCUGGCGGCUCCAGCAUGUCUGGAGGCCUUCGGCUGAGCCAGCUGAGCCAGAUGGGCACCACCACCGACUCGCUGUCCCAGCAGCAGCAACAGCAGGCCGCCGCCAUGCGCUACCCGCUUUCCUUCCAGAACCCCCUCUUUCAUCUGGCCACUGCUGAUGGGCCUCAGCAGCAGCAGCUCCACCACCAGCACAGCCGGGCCCAACCCCCACCACCCCUGCUCCUUGCCCCGGAGCCCGAGCCCUCCCACCAGAGCUACCUACCCCAGUUCGCCCAUGGAGGGUUCUCCCGCAGUGAGGACCUGUCCACCCUCAGGACCAGGGACGGUCACCUGGGCCAACCCAGCAUCAUCCACUCUCACAGCUACAGCGAUGACUACGGCAGGGCUGACUAUGGACGAAGGCAGAUGUCCAUGCAUGUGCAGGAUAACCUCCAGCAGCAACAAAUGAUGGGAAUGGCUUCCCAGACAGGAACAUCCCACUCCUCCCUGGCUACACCCCCCUCCACAGUCCAACCUGUGCGCCAGAGUUCUGUUGCCCCGCCUCCCACCCAACGCGUCAAAUCACAGACCUCCCAUCAGCUGUCCGUCAGUGCAGCCGCUGCACCUGCUGCUCCAGCUAAAACCCGACCCCAAAGCGGGAAUCUCCUCCAGUCGCCAGAGUCAGGCUACAGCGGCAGGCAGCAAGGGUCCCGGCAGCUGUCCGUCAAAGACAACACGCCCCCGGGCCUGCCCCACCAGCAGAGCUCUGUCAGGGAGAGCCAGAGUCCGCAGGGAACCACCAAUCAGAGCACUCAACAGUCACCACAGCAACAGCAGCAGCCACAGCAACAGCACCUGCUCAAACCCACCAUGAGCAAACAGGCCUCCCAGUCUCCCUCUACCCUCAAUCCCCCAACCCCAGCCAAUGAGCGAACAGUGGCCUGGGUCUCCAACAUGCCUCAUCUCUCGGCUGACAUUGAAAGUUCGCGGAUUGACCGUGAAGAGUUCAAACUUAAGGAGUACUCUAAGAGCAUGGAUGAGUCACGCAUGGACAGGGUACGGGAAUAUGAGGAGGAGAUCCACUCCCUGAAGGAGCGCCUGAUGAUGUCCCACAAAAAACUGGAGGAGUACGAGAGGAGGCUCCUCACGCAGGAGCAGCAGACCAAUAAGAUCCUCCUGCAGUACCAGAAUCGACUCGAGGACAGUGAGAGGAGGCUACGGCAACAGCAACUGGAGAAAGACUCCCAAAUUAAAGGAAUAAUUAGCAGACUCAUGGCUGUGGAGGAUGAGUUAAGGGGAGGAGCCAUCAUUGAGCCAAAAACCAGGAUUUUCGCUGAUCAGGGGAGGCGUCAGUCCAUCCUAGUGCAGCCCCGUCUUGCGCCUGUCCCACCCCGAGUAACCAGCCACUCUCAAAGCUUCAUCGAGGACAAUCUGGAACCUAAUUGGCUGAUGCACCAUGGGCAGUCCACAGGGUGGCAUGGCCAAAUGUCAAGAGCCCUCUCUCGUGACGCGAUUGGCUGA